CAGAGAGAUACACACAGAGAACAUUCAGCAUAAAGAAGACAGACAUCCUGUGAGGAGAAUCAGAGCUGCUGUGAAGCUGAACUCAACUCACAAUGAAGAUCUUCAUCAUCUUCACAUUCUACCUCAUCUCAGGUUCAGUGAGAUGCUUUGAUGUUACUGGAUAUUCUGGAGGAAGUGUUCUUGUUAAUUCCUGGAAGCUUUGGUGCAAUUACUGUUUUAAUUACAUGGCGAAACAUGACCCAUGGACAAACAUAAUAAAUGAUAUGAAACAUAAUCAAUGGUCUAAAGAAGGAAGAUUCACUCUGUACCGUGACAAAUAUGGAAACCUCAUGAUCUUCAUCAAAGAACUGAACACAACAGAUGCCGGAAGAUACCGGAUUGGAGUUCAUGGCCGAUGGUUUAUCGAAAUGACUUUGAAUGUGAAACAAGAUUCAUGUUGUGGGGUGUCAAAGAGAGUGAUGGUGAAUAGUGGAGAAACUGCCAACUUCAGCUGUGAAUAUUCACAAGACUACAAGAAUGAUGAAAAGAUAAUUUAUAAAGAAGGAAGGAACUCCACUGAGAUGAUCUCCAGCACAUGGGUUAAGAAAGAAAAAUUCAGUAUUUCUGAUGACAGAUAUAAGAAUCUCUUCAGUGUGACAUCAGCUGCUGUGACACCAGAUGAUGGAGGAGUUUAUUUAUGUGGAGUUCAGGUCUACAGACACUCAUACAGUUACUCCGUUAUUACUACAACUGCUCAUCUACACAUUAUGAAUAAAGUGGGUUCAUAUAGGGUGACCGGUUACUCAGGAGGUCAGAUCAUCAUCAAGUGUGAACACCCUCAGUACAAAACCAACCCAAAAUAUAUCUGUAAAGAAUCAGAUGGAUGUUCUGAGAGGAAGUAUCCAGGAGUUGAGAAUAAAUGGAUGGAAGAUGGAGAUGUUUCUUUAUAUGAUGACACCAGAGGAGGAGUCUUGAUGGUGUUCUUUAGAGAUCUGAAUGCUGGAGAUGCUGGAACAUACAGGUGUGGAGUCAAUGUAUCUCAGUAUAUGGAGUCGUUUACUGAAGUAACACUGGAUGUUAAAGAGGAUUUCUCCAUGAAUAUCAUCAUUUAUGUUUGUGUUCUACUGCUGAUUAAAACAUUAACACUGAUGUUUAAUGUUGGACAAAUCAAGAGACAAAGAUGAUGCCCUUCUUCACACACCCACUUCCUUUUCUCUAGACACUGUGUCUUUCAUCUUCAUUAUCUAACUUCAAUCUGACGUCUCUUAGUGAAACCAGCCCACCUGCCAUACAAGAAUCAAAAUCAGUGUCACUGUCGGAGGUGUGGCCUUGUGUCAGCUUGGCUACACUGAAGUAGUAUGUGAUACACUAAAGUUCUUUUACACUUACCCCCAAACCCUUCUUAUAUACACCAUCCUACACCACACAGAAGAGUAACAGCAUGAAAUGCUUCUACUUGUGGUUUUCUUCUGCUCUUAUGUGAAGGUUACAGUAAACUAACAAGCCCUUCAUGCAUUUUUGCAACCAAGAACUACUUCAAUCAGGUGUGAUAAACAGGAAAUGGUUUACUUUAAGAAUGGAAAUAAAAGUUUGCACUCCAAAGACAAUGUGGCGGAUGUAGUAAACUACAUGAAAAAAUACAAAUAUAAUAUUGGA